GGUUCGGUGAGCGAGCGGAUUUUUUGUUAUGCGAUGUCAAACUACUCAUUGGUGCACCCAUCGAUGGCCUAUUACUUAGGCUAUCGCGUCUUUUCGCGUUGGCCUCGCAUCUUCAUGGCGAUAGUUUGAACAUUCACCCAAGGGGUCGAUUGCUGGCAUCCGUCUUGCAACGCCGUCCAGUCGAUCUUGCGCAGAAGUCCAUCAGCCGCUCUCGCGACAGCUGUCGGCGAUGGCAUGUUUCAGUACCUGGCGUCUUCACCAACCAUCAUUCGGCCAUAUGCGAUACGGCACGCAGUGCAGGCGAAGUACUAAUAAAUCGUCAUCCUGCAUGCUUGAACGGGGCUAGCAGGCUCAAAGCACACCGCCGGAGUUGAUCAGUUGAACACCACUGGAAGCGCCGAUACAGCACAGCAGUCAGGAUGCGUUGACUCUGUCAAUGAUAUUACCCAUAGCACCAAUGGCAGCGACCUCCGACGCGACUUAGGAUAAUGCCGAUCCUCGGGCUGCGAUACGAAUUGCGCCCACUCUACUUACCAAUGGCGCUGCUAUGGUGGUCGCCAUUGGUGCAAUGAAGCAGGAUACCGUCUGCCUU